CUCAUUGCUAUACGUGUAUUAGUAAGAUUUGUUGCCCCCUUCCCGUUUGCCCAUGAUUUUCCCCUGAUCUAGCCCGCGAAAUGGGCUCGCUUGCCCAUAUGGGCAAAAAAGCCCAUACGGGCAAAAUUGCCCAUGUCUGCUUUAGACGGUAAUGAUUACUUUGCGUGGAGGGCAGUGAAGAAAGUCAUACGAUAUUUUUUUGGGAAGUUCGCGAGCACACAAUUACCCCGCUCUUGUGACCAAGAUGUUGCACUACUUCCAGAAAAUUGGAGUGAAUAUGUCCCUCAAAAUUCACUUCUUGCAUCACCAUCUCGAAUACUUCAGCAAGCAGCUAGCCUCAGAGUCGGAUGAACAUGGCGAGCACUUCCAUCAAAUGCCAAUGCCAAUGGAAACGCGAUAUAAAGGCAAAAGGCUCGAUUCGCUGGUGGCUGAAAUUUGUUGGUGGUCGCAAAAGACGUACGAUCCCGACAAUGAAGAUGAAGAAGGAGAAUAUACAAUGGGAGUUUCCUCCGAGGAUGAAGAUAGAUCCUCAUCCGAUACAGACUCUGAACAAGUGGGCGAACCACCACGCAAGAAAGUAAAGGGCGCAAACAAACGAAAAUAAGUUUUGCGUUCAUCGAUUUUUAUAACCUAUGUAUCUAUGUAAUAACCUAAUAAUUA